GAUGGAUGUGUUGUCGUAUCGACUGGUUGUUUGAUAUAAUGUAAUAUGAGUGAUUCGGUGAACAGGUAUUGUUUGGAUUGACUCGGCUCACAGCUAAAUUUGAUUUUGGGAAUAAUAAAUUAUAUGACAAGAAAAAAAAAUAGAAAAUGUCAACGAAAAAUUUGGCGUCGGUUCCUAGAACUGAGAAAAGAAUAAAAUUAAUACCGCCAGAUGGAGGCUGGGGUUGGAUGAUUUUACUGGGAACAGGAUUAAGUAACAUUUUCAAUCAGUCUAUGUUGUCCCUGUUCAGUUUAGUAUAUGGAGAUGCUUUAGAAGCAAUGGGACAUGAUACAAAAGGAGCAGCCAUAGUUAUGAGCACAAUGUUAUUCGUUACAAAUUUCGGAGGUCCAGUUGCAGGAGCCAUUGUUAAGUUGACUUCACCCAGAUUCGUCUGUGUUUUAGGCGCUUUCUUUUGUACAGCUGGAAUAUUUUUGAGUGCGUUUUCUACACAUAUAAUCCAUCUUGUUAUUUCGUAUGGCGUUUUGUUAGGUACUGGCCUAGGUUUUAUUCAAAAUGCAUCGUUUGUGGCCAUAAACAGUUACUUCAAAGUGAAGAAAAGUAUAGCUGUGGGACUUGCAAUGGCUGGAACUGGUAUUGGACAAACUCUUAUGCCACACGUAGUUAGAUAUCUUUUGGAAAGUUAUGGGUUCAAAGGUGCAUGUUUACUUCUUUCAUCCUUGAGUUUACACGGGAUAUGUGGUACUAUGCUAAUUCAACCUGUAGAGUGGCAUAUGAAGAAAAUAGAAGAAGAAGUAAUAAUUGAUGAGCAAGCUCGAUUAUUAGAAGAUAAUGUAUCAAGCAAAAACAAAGAUUACACAGAAAAUGGCAAUUUGGAGUAUAAAAGCAACAGACGUGCAACAGAGCCAAAUGUAAUAAGUAAAAAUGGAGUAGAGAAAAAUCCUACUCAAAGGAUAUCACAAAGUGAUAAAGAUUUAUCUUUUGAGAAGAAUGGUAAAUCAGUUGGCAUAAAGAAUUUCAAAAUGGAUGCACCUUCGGAAAAUAAGUCGCUUCUCAGAAAACUAUAUGACUUAUUUGGCAUUUCACUACUAUCUAGUCCUAGAUUUAUUAAUGUGGUCGUUGGCACGUCAUUAACUGUAGUAUCAAUACAGAACUUUAGCAUGAUAUACCCACUUUUCUUACAAAAAAAAGCAUUAAUGACUAAACAAGAAACUGCAAAUUGCAUGUCAGCUGUAGCCUUUGCAGAUAUAAUCGGAAGACUCUCCUUGCCACAAGUUCAAUCUAAGUUCAAUAUUUCAGCUCGAAUGAUGCUUAUUCUAACUUCUAUUUGGCUGUUGGUUGUAAGACAGUUUCUAGCAUACCAAUCGAACAUGUACGUUCUUCUUAUGAUGUCUGUACUAUAUGGUUUUGGAAGAAGUAUGAUCAUAGUAGCCAGGAAUAUUGCCAUAUCAGAAAAGUGUAGAAUGGAUCAGGUUGCAGCUGCAGUUGGUUUGGGUAUGCUGACUAUGGGGAUUAUAGUUCCACCCACAGGAUACUUCCUUGGCUGGAUCCGAGAUUAUACUAACAGCUAUAUAAUUUGUAUAACUGCACAAAAUGCGUUACUUGUUAUUUUCCUGGCAAUGUGGAUACCCGACAUGUUCUUCGAAUAUAUUCAGGAAAAGAAAAAACGGAGGAAAGGAGUUGACGAAGUACAACUAUCUUAAGAAUUCUUAAGAGUCUAAAGAGCACAGAGAACGGCUGAAUUUUCUGCAAAUUUAUCAAAAGAAGUGAAGAGAAGAUGACGGUACGGCUGUGACGUAGUUUGGAUGAAAUUAUGUAACAAAAUAGUUUAAAACACAUACGCAUUUAAGUUAUUAGAGACUGACGUUGAGAUUUAAUGGAGGCUAGUAGAGACAAAAAUACUUAAAAUAUAUGUAAGGAUAACAUGGAUACUUAGUGGACUGCUCUAGUCUAAAAAAUAAAUAAUUUAAUGAGU